AACAAGUCUAAUGUAAAACCAUAUCCUUCCUUUUUCCUUCAUAUUCAUACACAACUGUCAGUGUUUGUUUUGUGACAGAGUUAACAUGUUGACUGGAAGUGUAAUGUUACAGGUGAUGAUAGCAUUUGAAGACCUGGCUGUGUACUUUACCUGGGAGGAAUGGCAGAACAUGAACAAUGCUCAGAAAAUCCUGUACAGAGAUGUGAUGCUGGAGACCUACAGGAGCCUCUUCUCCUUGGGGCACUGCAUUACCAAACCUGACUUAAUCUUCAAGUUGGAGCAAGGAGAAGAGCCAUGGAUGGUGGACAAAUGCUUGAAUCAGAGCCUUUCAGUGGUCAUGAAAAUGGAUGACCUGAUUAAGAUCAACCUGGAAAGUCAGGACAAAAAUCUGAAUCAGGAUUUUAUGAAAAAUAACAAGACAUCAGCUCACAAGAGAGUUGAAUUAAGAAAAACCCUUAGUUUAAAUUCAAGCCAUAUUCCAACACUGAUUAUUAAAAAGGGAAUCUAUUCAGGAUUGAAUCCUGAGGAAUGCAAUAAAUGUCACACUGUGUAUCCCCACAGUGGGCCUGAUCAACUACAGGCUGGAGAGAAAUUUGAUAACACUAAGAUACCUGGAAAAUCUCUUCACUUCUGUGAGCCUCUUAGUCAGUAUGACAAUAUUCACAUCAUGAAGCAGCCAUUUGGACCCACUGGACAAGCAAAAGUCUUCACAAGAAAGAUGUUCUGGAAAUCUGAGAGGGUUCAUAUGGCAGAAAACUGUAAUAAAUCAACUGUCACUUUUGGAAAAACAACUCAAAUAGAAAAAGCUAUCCAUGAAAAUUCUAGCCUCAAUAUGCAUCAACAAACUCACACAAGAAAGAAAUUUUAUAAGUACAUUAAGUAUGUUGAACCUGUCAUUCACCAGUCACAUCUUACAAUAAAUCACAGACUAAAUACAAGGGAAAAACUUUACACAUGUAACCCUUGUGGAAAAUCACUCAGUAUUAAUUCACCUUAUGAAUGUAAUGACUCUGGAAAAGAUUUUGGACAAAAGUCAGUCCUCAGGAAAUGUCAACAAAUUCACACAGGAGAGAAAUCACAUGAAUGUAGUGAUUGUGGAAAAGCCUUUACACAAAAGUCAUACCUCAUAAACCAUCAGCGAAUUCACACAGGGGAGAAACUUUAUAAAUGCCUUCAUUGUGGAAGAGGCUUUCUGUGGAAGUCAGCCCUCAUCAUACACCAGAGAAUUCACACAGGGGAGAAACCUCAUGAAUGUAAUGACUGUGGAAAAGCCUUUGGACAAAAGUCAGACCUCAUCAUACACCAGCGAAUUCACACAGGGGAGAAACCUCAUGAAUGUAAUGACUGUGGAAAAGCCUUUGGAUGCAAGUCACACCUCAUCAGACACCAGCGAAUUCACACAGGGGAGAAACGUCAUGAAUGUAAUGACUGUGGAAAAGCCUUUGGACAAAAGUCAGACCUCAUCAUACACCAGCGAAUUCACACAGGGCAGAAACCUCAUGAAUGUAAUGACUGUGGAAAAGCCUUUGGACAAAAGUCACACCUCAUCAUACACCAGCAAAUUCACACAGGGGAGAAACCUCAUAAAUGUAAUGACUGUGGAAAAGCCUUUGGACAAAAGUCACGCCUCAUUAUACACCAGAGAAUUCACACAGGGCAGAAACCUCAUGAAUGUAAUGACUGUGGAAAAGCCUUUGGAUGCAAGUCAUACCUCAUGAAACAUCAGCGAAUUCACACAGGGGAGAAACCUCAUGAAUGUAAUGAUUGUGGAAAAGCCUUUGGAUGCAAGUCACACCUCAUCAGACACCAGCAAAUUCACACAGGGGAGAAACCUCAUGAAUGUAAUGACUGUGGAAAAGCCUUUACACAAAAGUCAGACCUCAUCAUACACCAGCGAAUUCACACAGGGGAGAAACCUCAUGAAUGCAAUGACUGUGGAAAAGCCUUUACACAAAAGUCAUACCUCAUCAUACACCAGCGAAUUCACACAGGGGAGAAACCUCAUGAAUGUAAUGACUGUGGAAAAGCCUUUACACAAAAGUCAGACCUCAUCAGACACCAGCAAAUUCACACAGGACAGAAACCUCAUAAAUGUAAUGACUGUGGAAAAGCAUUUGGACAGAAGUCAGGCCUCAUCAUACACCAGCGAAUUCACACAGGGGAGAAACCUCAUGAAUGCAAUGACUGUGGAAAAGCCUUUGGACAAAAGUCAGGCCUCAUCGUACACCAGCAAAUUCACAAAAGGGAGAAACCUCAUGAAUGUAAUGGCGAUGGAAAGGCCUUUGGAUGAAAGUCAGACCUCAUGAAACAUCAGUGAAUUCACACAGGGGAGAAACCUCAUAAAUGUAAUGACUGUGGAAAAGCAUUUGGACGAAAGUCACACCUCAUCGUACACCAGAGAAUUCACAUGGGGCAGAAAUCUCAUGAAUGUAAUAACUGGCAAAGCCUUUGGACACAAGUCACACCUCAUCAUACACCAGAAAAUUCACACAGGGCAGAAACCUCAUAAAUGAAAUGACUGUGGAAAAGCCUUUGGACACAAGUCAUACCUCAUAUUACACUAGAGAAUUCACACAGGGGAGAAACCUCAUAAAUAAUGAUUGUGGAAAAGCCUUUGGCCAUAAGUUAGGCCUCAUGAUACAUCAGCGAAAUCACACAGAGCAGAAACCUCAUGAAUGUAGUGACUGUGGAAAAGCCUUUGUAUGAAAGUCACACCUCAUAUCACACUGGAGAAUUCACACAGGGGAGAAAACCCAUGAAAGUAAUGACCAAGGGAAAGCCUCUGGAUAAAAGUCAAUCCUUUAGAAACAUCAGAGAAUUCACACAGGGAGGAAACCUCAUGAAUGUAAUGACUUUGGAAAAGCCUUUUGACAAAAGACAAAACUCAUCACAGCAGAGAAUUCACACAGGGUAGAAAACUCAUGAUUGUAAUAACUGUGGAAAGCAUUUAGCCAUAAGUCAACCUUCAUCAUGCAUCAGGGAAUUCACACAGGGCAGAAACCUUAUGAAUAUAAUGACUGGAAAAGCCUUUGGACAAAAGUCAAACCUCAUAAUGCACCAGAGAAUGCACACAGUGUUGAAACUUCAUGAAUGUAAUGACUGUGGAAAAACUUGAUUUUAACUUCCAACUCCAAAUGCAUCAGAAGAUUCACACAGGGAAAUAACCUUAUAAAUGUAAUGACUGUGUAAAAGCCUUUUUCUAUAAGUUAUAUCAAAACAGAAUUCACACAGGGCAGAAACCGUAUCAAUCUAAUGAGUGUGGAAAAGCCUUUAUAAAUCAUAUGUUGUAAAUCAUAGCUCAUAUCACACCAGAGAAUUCACAUCGGAGAGAAACUUCAUGAAUGCAAUGACUGUAGAAAAGCCCUUGGCAAUAAGUCACAUCACAGAAUGCGUCAGAAAAUUCACAUGAAAAGAAACCUUUUGGACAUAAUGACUUGGAAAGCUUUUUCCCAUAGUUCAGCCCUCAUUGCACAUCAUCUAAUUCAUAUGUGGGAAAACACUUUGUAUAUAAUGCAUAUGGAAAAGCCUUUAUCCAUAAGUAACACCCCAUAAAACAUCAGAAUUCACAUGGGGGAGAAACCACAUGAAUGGAAUGAGUGUUGGAAAACUAUGCCAAUAUCACACAAUAUAACAUCGAGAAUUUAUUACAUGGUGGAAAUCUUGUAAUAAAUGUGGGAAAGCCUUUUGUCAGAAGGAAUACCUCAUAACACAUGUAGUUCAAACAAGGGAUAGAACUUAAGAAUAUAAUGAAUGUGAAGGACUUUUUCCAAAAUCAACAUAACCAUGUGACAGAGCCAUUUGCUGGAAAUUACAUCCCAUACAAUAGGUACUCCCAUAAGGAAGAAAAGUUGGGACCAGCGCUGUGGCACAAGAUCACUCUGCAGCCUGUGUGGAUAGCAGCCUGAAAUGCCAAACCCUGGACCCAGUCUCUGAAAGCUGACCCUCUGACAAGCCAACUUCAGCACCUUUCCCUGAACAAGCCAUUCACAGAAAGAUCCUCUUCAGAUCAGCUACAGCUUAAAUGGAAGGGACCUUACCAGGAAACUGGGUUGCCAGCGUCACUGCAGAGAACAAGAACAGUCCCACAGUGACAGAGGUGGAGCCUGGAGCUGGAGUCUCUACAAGCGGCAAGGACCCAUGGCAGUGUGGCCAGGAGUUCCCCAGGUCUCACAGAGGACAGAUGAAGAAGUCAAUAAAACUGGAGAAAAAGAUUCUACACACUUUUCAAAAGAUAAAGAGGAAGAAUACAUCUGGACUAAUCCAUAAUGCAAACAUUAUACAACUGCAAUGAUUGAAGAAAUCAAAUUUCCACAUGAGCAAUAAUAUAAAAAAUCAAACUAAAUUUUGAAACAGGAUAUUCUUCAAUAGGUGAAUGUAUGAGUAAACUGUGUUGUGUCUGAGAGACCUCAGCCUGGAUGAAUGCGCAGCUAUUUUAGAAUAGGCCUCCAUCUUGUAAUUCAGGCCUGACCGAGCCCUGAACCCUGAAGCUC